AUGAGGCCAAAAACCUCAUCUUCCUCCGGUUCGCCAGACUCAGGAAUCUCAGGCUCCGGUUCGAACGCCUCCAGACGCCGCUCGCGGCGCCACUCGCGUCGCCGUCGCCACACUUCAUCCCUCUGCGACGUUCCCGACAGGAUAAUCGACGACGAAAAUAGGUUGUCGGAUGACCAGUUAUCCGACGAGGAUGGUAAUAUCGAUGACGAUGAUUCCAGUUCGAGCUGCUGCUCCUCCGAUCACGAAGAAGAGUUCUAUUACACCGAAGUUGAGAGAUGUGACGCUGGCAGGCCGGCGCCACCGUCGCCCCCUACUUUGUCGCACAGAGAUAUGGCCAGGCCGCCGCACGAGGAUCCUGAGUAUCAGAAGAAGAUCGUAGGCAAUAUGAGGCAAGGAUUGCUGAUGUGCAAACCAAUAAAUAUACCAAGCAAUUUGCAGCACCCAACACCAGCCUUGCACAUAAUGAAUUCGACACCCCCCCAGAAACACGUGCGCCUUUCGCCGAGACCAUCAACAUCAUACGCGCCCUACCCGAUCCUCCAGUCCUCCAACACCAACACCAACAUCAUCGUCAAUGCCUUCCCGUCUCACCAGGGGGCCGUCACCGCCCUAUCUCAUAGCGCCCCUUCCCGGUACUCCCACGGCGCGCCACUGAGCCCCUCUCGCAGAACGCGAGGCGAGAACAAAAAGUGCCGCAAAGUGUACGGCAUGGAGCACCGAGACCAGUGGUGCACCCAGUGCAAAUGGAAAAAGGCCUGCAGCAGAUUUGGUGACUGAAAAUCGUAGAACUUUUAAGUUUAGGAAUAGAUCGAUGCUAAGAAAUCAGUAUUUUACACGAACAAGACUUAUCGGGUAUCGAUCUGCCUUAUUUUUGGUUAACCUUUACGUAAAAUGCACCUGACUUAAGUGCAACGGAUAAAUAUAAUAGUUGCAUUAACGGUACAAAUUUACACGAGCAAAACACGGUAUUCAUGUGCACGAAGUGCAAACUAAAAAGUAUUAGUAAUUGACCGUGUGUGAACAAAAUAAUAAGUGGUCAUAUAUUAUUUGCCUGCCAUUUGUAUUAGUUAUCUAUCGAAUAGUGGCAUUAUGUGUAUAAAAUUAUAAUCAAAGACAUAUUUAUUUAAUCGUGCUUAAGGUAAAGGACUAUGAUUAUGAUCUCUUGAAACGACGAGAAAUACAUAGA